AAAUAGUUUAUAUGACAGGAGCUUAUGUAUUCUUGGAAAUGAGAAGGAUGAUUACACAAAACCAAUCAAAUCUAAAAAAAAAAAGUUGGGAAUGUCAAUAAUAUGUAACCGGCUUUUCCUUCCGAAUAGAUUGUCAAGUUGAUGAUUAAACGGCGUCGAAUCUCGGCCAAUCAAAAUCAGUUGGACCAAACGAAAGAAAAUCGAACGGUGGGGGUCACUUGGGGGGAUGUUUAUGUUUAUAUUAUACUGUUAUUUAUCCGUUUGUGUCUGCGUUAUUUUUUUUUUUUUAAAAAAAAUGUAUACAUUAUAUUAGUAGUCUUAGUAUUUCUAAUAACAUUACUAUCAUCAUUAUUAUCUAAAUACACACCAAUAGAACCGCCCAUCAUCACAUAUCAUUCUUUAUCACGUAUUAUUCAUCAUCACAUAUCAUCCGUCAUUACGUUAUCAUCCAUCAUCAAGUAUCAUCUAAUCGUCCAAUCAUUCGCCAUUAACAUCUCAGCAUAUUAAAGUAUUUAUUACAUCUUUUGAUCUACUGUAUAUACAUGUGUGUGCACGUCUAUUUGAAGGAAGAAGGGGACAGUCAACAC